UAUAAAUUUAGUGAUGUUAUUAUCUCAAGCAAAAUAGAUAGUGUGUAUUUCUAAAACAGGAGAGAGAUUUAAAUUUGCAAAUCCCGACCUGUGUGUUUUGGAGAAUUCAUCUGUAGCCAUUAAUGAAUAGGGAGUGAUUGUGGAUAUUGGAGAUAUUGAUGAAAAAUAUUAAAAUUAUAAAAUCAUAGAUUGCAGAGGCAGAUGUGUCUUACCAGGAUUGAUAGAUGCUCACACUCAUCCUUGUUAUGCAGGAGAUAGAUCUGGUGAAUUUAAGAUGAAAUUGGAAGGAGCAACAUACAUGGAAAUUCACAACAAGGGAGGUGGUAUAAUGUAUACAUCCAGAUGUGUGAAUUAAGCAAGUUAGGAGGAAUUAGAAUAGAUCUUAGAGAGUGGAAUCAAGAGAGCCAUUAGAAAUGGAACAACUACUAUGGAAGCCAAAUCUGGAUUCGGAUUAUCCACAGAUGGUGAAGUCAAACAACUAUUGACAAUCGAGGCUGUGAGCAAGAGGAGCCCAAUCGAAAUAGUUUAAACUUAUUUGGGAGCUCAUGCUUUACCACCUGGAUUGAGUGAGAAGUAGGCAGAAUAGGAUGUCAUCCAGAAUCAAAUUCCAUAAAUCAAAAAACUUAUGGAUGAAGAUAAGAUCCAUCCUGAAUUUGUAGAUGUGUUUUGUGAGAAGGGAAUUUAUGAAAUUGAAACUACUAAAAAUAUACUGUAGGAAGGAGCAAAAAUAGGAUUGAUUCCUUCAUUUCAUGGAGAAGAAUUGAAUCACUUAGAAUCAGCCAAAUUGGGAGCAGAUCUAGGAGCAAUAGCCAUAUCUCAUCUGGAACAUGUAAUCUAUUUGGCUAUUAUUCAUAGUUGUCACAGGAGGGAAUCAAGGCAAUGGCUGAGAAAAAGGUGGUUGGGGUUAUUCUACCAACUACUCAAUUCAUCUUAAAACUUUAACCUCCUCCUGUUAGGGAGAUGAUUGACAGUGGAGUACCAACUGCUUUGGCCACUGAUUAUUGUCCCAAUGCUUAUUGCAUGUCCUUGCCUUUUACAAUGAGUUUAGCAUGUUUGAAUUUGAAAAUGAGACCAAAUGAGGCCUUGUGUGCUGUUACACUUAACGCUGCUGCCGCAUUAAAUAGACACAAAAAAAUUGGUUCUAUUGAGGUUGGAAAGUAGGGAGACUUCGUGAUUUUAGAUGCUCCUACUUGGGAACAUCUGAUUUAUUAAAUUGCUGAUUCUCCGAUUUGGAAGGUUAUCAAGAAAGGCAAAAUCGUCUAUGAAUAUUUAUGA